UAUGUCAGUCCAGCAAAAGCGAGUAGCCGCUUUUAUUUUAAAAGAACACUACGGAGAAAUCGUAGAAAAGGUCGGGACCUAUCUUUUUGCAAAAGGUCCUCGUCCUUUGAGAGAUAUUAUUCAUGACACUAAGUUAUCUCGUGACCAAGUUCAAAAGUCUUUGUGUUGCCUUAUACAGCAUCAUUUUGUCACGUUUGAAGUCAACAAAAAGAACGUUACCUUGUAUAAUGCAUGGAUAUCAAAUACACUUCUUCGUGCUCGGGCUCCUCGGUUUAUCUAUUGUGCAAAGUCUUUGUUUGGAUACACAGGAGAGUUGAUUGUUGAUGAAGUUUUACAACAUGGAACAGUAGCCAUGAGCAAAGUUGUCUCCAAAGUUUGGAACCAUUUGGUGGAAGAUAACCUAGACGUAGAUGAAUAUGAAGUCAAUGCAACAUUUGCUGAUCUUGUAAAGAAACAUUUUCUGCAAAGAGUGCAAUCACCUCAUGAAGACAUCAUUGACACAAAUAGCUACUGUGAAACUGAUUUGUAUACCCUUCCCCCUGGAGUGAACUUUCAAGGUGAUGUAUAGAUGCAUAACCCGGGGGGGGGGGUACUCCCAUACAUUACCUAUACGGGUAUGUGCCGCCCACCGGGGUCGUGAUUUUGAAGCUCCUGGUUUAUAACGGGGUAUCCAUUUCAGAGGCAUUUUCUAGAAUGGGGUAUAAUAUUUCGAACGUAUGAAAGUUCCAGUUUUGUAAGCAGCCAUUUGAAAUUAUUCAAGGACAGAUUGCUUUUAGAAAUACAGUUCACUGCAUUAACAAGCAAACUGUUACACUCUUGUUGCACCCUAGAACGGAGUAUAAAAAAUUGGCCCAUUUCUAGAACGGGGUAUCAGUUUUAGGGGAAACUUUUUAGAAUGGCGUGCCGAUUUGGAGUCCCGGGCGGCACAUACCCACCCAAAAAAUACCCAAGUGUACCUCCUGGGAUGCAUAAUCAUUGUAGCCUGUGUUGCAGGUAUAAUUUAAGGCUAAUGUUAUGGUUGGGGGAUUUUUACGAAUGCGAAAUGGCAUCCAGUGAAACUGAAGUUUAGUGAUUAGGUUAAGAAAACUGAGUAUACAUGUCAAGUUUCAGUUAGGAUCAUUAUACAGGGAAAACUUAACUGGAACUUAAUUCACUCAGUUUCCUAAUGCUAUUUCUAGUCUUCAGAGUCAUUUGACGUUUGGUGCUGUUUGGUUUCCUACAAAGUAUCUAUGCUGAAUAUGCUGUAAAUCAGUGCAGAAAUUCUUGUUCUGGACUGUUAACAAGGGAACAACAGAAGCAUCGUCAUUAGCAGCCUUGAGUCUCUACUUACAUUCUCUGCAGUACUUCUUUCCAAACCAUUCUAUCAGCUGUUACUAUGUGCAAAUCCUUAACCCUUGUUCUACUGACCCCUGAUAUGAAAAAGAGGCUUCAGUUCAGAAAAUAAAAUUAAUGGAUUGUUUGUAAAAAUGUUGCCAUAAGAACUAAAAAGUGUUGAAAGUACCAAUAAUACUCUCUAUGAGUGUAGUACAGUCAAACCUCUGUUAAGAGGUCACCUUUCAAUUUCCCAAAUCUGCUUCCCAUAUUUACUGUAAAUUUGACCUCUAUUCAACAGUCACCUCUAUUAAGCAGAUGUGGUCACCAUUUGGGUUUCCCAAAUGGCUAAUUUCAUUGUAAUUUGCCUCUGUUAGACGGUUACCUUGUUACAUAGCAGUUAAUAAAAAAUGGCAUAUUUUUUAACAUGAAGAUAAGUGAAGCAUUUCCAGUUUCUUUCACAGUUCAUCAAACGCAGCAUAGGUAACAUUGUAAUCUACGUAAAUUAAAUACACAUCUCUCUCUUCAUGUUGAAUGAGGUUUUAAAAUAAACGCAGAUGAUGUGUUUGAUCGAAAAGACAGUGAAUGACGAAUUACAUUACUGUAAAAUUUAUUUUUAGGCAUAAACACCCCAGAACUUCCAAGUACUUUUAUCAUAUUUCCCGUUACUAUUGUUGUGAACAAUAUCUUUUGUUUGCGAUUCUAACAAAGAAAUGCAAAGGUUGCCGACAGGUUUUUUUUGCAUACGUUUUUUCUUGCAAAAGAAGGAUAAUCUGGCGGAAAAAAAUGCAGAGCAAUGUUUUUCUAAUGAAUCGGAGGCCACAUGCAAAAAUUCAGCUGAUUUGGAAGAAAAAAAAGAAACACCCAAAAUGUCACUUAACAUUCGGUUAUACCAAGCCCUUCAUUAUUAGUAUUGUAUUGUGAUAAAUUUUGUCCUCUAUGUCAAUUUCUGCCACAUUACGGGCUUAAUUUUAGAAAACCUCUAUUAAGCAGUCAACCUCUAUUAAGCCAAUCAGGAGACAAAAUUGUCCUAAAAUAGGGUAACUUCAGAGAGCAAAAGAAUCCACACCCCUUCCCCCUCCCCCCUCCCCCCUCCCCUCCAUUCAAAGUUGGAAUGUUUGUUGUUUUCUGUAGGUAGCUUGAACAGAGGCACAACAUUUUGUGGAUGGGAUGGGGGAGGAAAAGCUUUAUGUUCUCCUUUUGAAGUCAGUGAAAUGUCAGACAACCCCUUUUAGGGUGAAGUGUCUCAACUGAUUUUGUCGCUGAUUGAGCGGUCACCUGGCUAAUUCCUGAGGAUGACCGCUUUGAUAUAGAUAAAUGCCCUUUGUGCUGGAACAGGUACAAAUUUGAUGUAAAACAGACAUGGCAAGAUUACCCACAGUACACACAAUCUUUAUAGUGAACUUAAAGCCCCAAUAUACAUGUACAAAUUCUCCAAACUGAUCUCUAUACAUUGUCUCAAAGAGUGAGUUGAGAGAAUUUGAUAAAAGAUCAAGGCAUUUUCUCUGUGGUGAUCAUUUUGUUAGUUCUCAUAACCCAAUCUUCAAACAAUGUAUAGAUAUCAUUAGGAGAAAAUUUAUGUUGUUCAAGGGUUAAUAGAUUUAAUAUACUUUUUAGGACCUGGGGCAAAACGGAAAAGGACUAUUGAAGAUGGCGGCCAACCAACUAAGAAGCAGAAAACAGAGGCAAGGUCGGUUAUCAACCACCCAUGUCAAGUAAAGUGUCGUCAUAUUUUGCUUGUAAAUAUCUGUUGAUGAGUCCAACACAUAUUUUUUUAUUUCUAGUCUGUCUUGCAGUAAAGGAGCUUCUGUAAGUAUUAAGAAAGUUAAAAAAUUUUUCAAAUCCUUUUUGUGUUCAAAGUGCUGUGGAGGACUGUAUAUGGCAAGUUUUCCCUUUUUGUCUCAAAUAGUGUUUGUAUUAAUAUUAUUUCAGGAAAUUAAAGAUGAAGGGAUCUUGUGGAAAGUGAAUUUCCCCAGGUUUCAUCAGCACUUUAUUGACAUGGUAAGGUGGGAAAAAUAAGGAUUCACACGCAAUGUGUUUGUUAAUAAGUACCUUAAAGCACUUAAAAUCUUGCAGGAAGAGUGAAAGAUGUUAAUUUUUUACUGAGUGUCUUAAAUGUAAUUAUUAUUACUAUCGUUAGAUCCUAGAAUUUUAUCCAAGUGUGUGCACACUCUCACUGGUUACUUCAACAUCACCUGACAUCACAAAAUAGAAAUAUUUCCGGCCUAAUAUUGUCUGAAAGUGUUUAGUGUUCAGUUUUCCUUGAGGCCUUUCUUGUUGUAGUCCACUAGUCACCACAAGGCUAAGAGAGGUUUCUCUAGUGGCUAGGGUCUCAGCAGGAGGUGCAGUUGGGCUUGCAAGUAGAGGAUCAGCAGAAGCCAGGGGCUGGACCAUUUGGUUGGUGGUGGCUUCAUGGUUGGGAUGGGAGGUUGUUGGGUGCAAAUCUUUUAGGGCUGGAGUUGGAAGUGAGGUCUGGUCCAAUGAGCCAGCUCCUACUGGUGGUCUUGGCAAAGGAGCCAUAAGAGGCUGAACAGAUUCUUGUGGGGUUGGCAUAGAGGAUGAUUCUGGCAAUUGGGUGAAGUGGGCUCAGGCUUUAGUGGUAACAUGUUGAUGUGUUGGUGACUGUUAUCAGUGGUGCAUCUGGGUGGCUGUGUGUGCGCUUGGGUUUAUUUCCUGAAGUCUUUGAUUAGUCUGCCAAAUGUGCACUGAGUGGAGGAUAGCUGGGUGUUUGGCUCAGUAGUGCUGGGAUACUGGAGGAUGGCAUGUAGUCAGUAUCUAGGCUGUUGUGGGUCAGUGUUUAGGCUGCCAUUGGGGUCUGUUGUUGAUGAUGAGCAGUUUAACAGUUUUCACUUCUUCCUCUCUGUUUGAGUGUGGGAGUGCCCAGAUUAAAGUUGUUGAUGUCAAUCGCACUUUCAUUAGGGAUACAAAACAUCACAAAUGUGCAUCAAACAUCAUUCAGUCAAUCAGCCCUUAAAGCCCCCUUCUGCCCAUUCAAUGAUGUGUGAGUUUAAGUUGCAGCCCACAACAGUAAGGUAGUUCACUGGAAGAAAUCAGCAAAUAUGUACUGAAAGUAUGCACUAGUGUAGCACUAGGUUAUGACAGUGCCAUGUGAUUGCAGUGGGUACAAUUUGCCACCAGGUCCGUGAUAGCUGGAGUGAUGCAUGGCCAGAAUACAGUAGUUUCCUUGAUGUAUUGAGUGGGGUAUAUAGAUAUGUGUUCUGAGUGAAGUUGUUAUACCUAUAUGGUCCUUGCAGAGGAUGAGACCAUUGGCAAUGCACAGAUGUUUCCAGAACUGAUAGCACUCCUGGAGGGAAGGUUGGAGAUCUUGGCAAAAUUGAAAAAAGCCAGAGUCAAUGAUGGAGACCAGCUGGGCCAUCUCUUUGUCCCUGGUUGUUGCUUGUUGGACGCUGUCCCACAUUAUUGCCAUAGUACUUAGCGCUGAGGAAGCUGAUGAAGCCAGGCGUUCAUCACUGGUGCUAAUUAAGGAUUGACGCUGCUUGGAAUUAGGCUAAGCUCAUGCAAGCCAUAAAUGAGUGGGCAGAGAGGUCGAGGGGAGCAGAGCAGCCAAAGUAGCUGAGGCUGUUAUGUCAUCUGGUAGAAACAUCAUUUUGGGCCAGUAGGAUGGCAGGAGAAAGCACUGGCAGCCUCAUGUAGUACAACAGGAAAAUGUGCCUUGUGAAAUUGGUAGCAUACUGUCUUCUCUUUGUGGUUGGGUAGGCAGGCAUUGGAGAGUUCAUUAAGAAAUCGAUCAUCAAACACUUUCUGUAAGGGCUUGUGGUCCACAGUAAUAAUCAGGAUGCUACAACCCAAGACAAGGAAUUUGGUUUUGUUGAGGGCACCAACUACCUCUAGGAUCUUUCCCUGGACUGGUGCAUAGAUGAAUCAGCAGCAUGAGUGAAGUGGCUGCCAACAAGUGUUACUUUCCAUCUUGUGCAGCAGUAAAGGGUUCUGUGAAUGGAUAUUUAUAGUGUUUCUGAGACAGGACCUGAUACCAUACCAUCCUUUGCAAGUUGAUGGCCAGGCAAGUUGGUUUUGAUGUAUCAAAGAUUCAGACACCCUCUUUAAUCUCACUGACGAUAAUGGAUAUAGAUUCUUCAAAAAGUCUUUUGAGCUCUUUACUCAACGAAAUGGUGUGCCUGGAUUGAGGUAGCCUGUGUUCUGUAGCACUGGAGGCAUCAUAGAAAACUGGAUGAUGAUUCAGAACCAAGUGGGUAGGUCUGUGAUGUUGUUAGCAGUACCUCCCCCAUGGAGUGAUGAAGGUGUCAAGGUGGUGAUCAUCCUAUGACUGUUUGAUGACUUCACUUCAUUGGUACUGGCUCAAGGACAUCCAAUGCUACAUCUUGGUCAAGGCCAGCUUUUACAUCUGCCUGCUUGUGAAGUGGAAGUGGAACAUGAUGUAGUAAGCAAUAAUAAAUUGUCACUGUGAGAACAACAAUAACACUUAUAGGGAUGGCCUUUGUCAGAGGAGGAGUUGCAGUUCACAUGCGUCAAGUACGUUGGACUUGUAGUAAUUCAGGAGGCAUUGUUUUAGGCACUGCAAGUUAUCCUUGAUUGCUGGGAAUGGUAGUUGAGUUGGUCUGGGUAGUGGCAACUGGUGAUGUGGACAGUUACAAGGCAAGCUCAAUGCACUCUCAGGUGGAUAUGAUGCAGUGCAUGGGUUAGUUUCCCUGUUGCUCCAGAUACCUUGUCCGGUUUUGUUGCUGGUGUUAAGUGCAGGGGUUCAUCCAUAGUUAGGAAAUGCAAAGAGAUCCUGCACAGGGCUGCGCAACUCUCCUGGCUCAAGGAUAGCUUGUCAGCAUCACCCGUAACAUGGACAAUCCGCUUGAGAUUUUGUCUGCAUGUGGAUCGAGCUGUCAUAGAAUCACAAGAUGAUGGUGCCCAUCAUCUUGAUGUUAUUUUUGUUAGCAGCAUGAAUGUGCAUUGUCACUGGAAUCAGUUUGGCCUCACAUAGGCCAAAGGGAUUUUUUUUUCAUUCUUGGGGGCAGUUUUGGCAGCUGGAAUCUGUCAAAGCAGUUUGAAAUCCUGGGGCUAGGAAGUUGACCGGGUGAACUGUGGUGAGAGGCUUUGAGGCCUGUCAAACCCAGCAAUCAUAAAAGGGUUGUACAGGUAGGGAUCAACCACCAUAGCAUGUUUUUGGUGAGUUUUGUUGGGAAUUCUUGUUGUACAGAGAACAUCAAAGACAGCCCCUGUGCUUCACUAGUGUUACUACCUGCAGGGUCAUGAUGCUGUUUUUUUGGCUUGCCCUGGCUACAGCAUUCAGUCUUUAAGUGAUUUGCUUGACCACAGUGUUCACUUACAUGUAUCUCACCACAGGCAGGGCAUUGUUGUUCCUGACACUUGUUGGGAUAUUCUUGUUAUGGCAAUGCUUGCUACAUUAACUGCAAGGUUCAUUCUUAGUGCAGAUUGUGUGAGUUGUGAAUUCAUCAUGCUCAGCACAAUGACGUUGGCUGCCAGCAGCAUCUGCCCCAUGGAUUUUGUAAGGGAUGCCCAGCAGAUAUUUUUCCAGCUGCUUUUGCUUCAGUAAACUAAAUUCCGUUUUCCAGUGUUAUGUCUUCAGUUCGUUGAGUGUAGCUAUUGUGCCAAAGGUUAGUGUAGCAGUGGUGGUGAUACAGGUGUGAGUGCCAGUUGAGUGGACUGAAAUUAGUAUGAGGGUUAAUUUAUCUGUGACAUCAUCUCAUUAUAUUUGCAAAUAUCUGGAAAUGAGCACUUGUGCAUUAGCAUUGGUUUUUUUUGUUCCUGGAUUUUUCUCUUCUCUUUGUUUUUUUUUUUUGGCAAUGGAUUAUUGUUUUUCCAGCAUGAACAAAGAGUAAUAUUGUGGAGGAAUGCUUGCUCUUCUUCUGGCUUACAAUGAACAGGGAUUCUUGUUGCUUAGAUUUUUGUCGGUUUUUUAGUCCAUUGUUUCUCAUUCUCUCAUCAUAAGCAGGGGUGCUUAACAUUUACACAAACCACUCUUGUGGAAAUCUUGUACAUAAAUAUAAAGCUAGAAAAUUUGAUGUGGUUGGAGAACAACUUGCAAAAGAGUAUAUCCAAAUCAGCUUAACAGACUAAAAAGAGUAGGAAAAUUGCAACACCUCAAAUCACAGCCAUUAUUUUCGGAAGCUUCCCAAACCAAAUGGCAUGAACCAUUUAAUAUUCUAACAGGAUUUUCUGGUUUUUCCAUUGUAAAUGGUUAGUACCCUAGGAGUCCAUCUGUUCCAUGACUUCAGUUUAAUGGAUCAUAUCAACUCGUGUGAAAGAGAAUGACAAAAGUAUGAAACAAGGUGCCAGGAUUAUCGCUGAGUUAGUACAUCUUAUUUGGUAUCUAGCUGUGACUACUACUUAUCAUUAUAUUAUUAUGAGAGCUAGGCCUGAGAACAACAAACUUUAUUAAUUUUUUGAAUUUCUUUUUCAAUCAAGAAAAACAGUGUUCAAGAUGUAGUUGUUGUAUCCACAAAUCUUUUAUCUUCUUUUUUAGGAUAUUGUUUCAGCUGUGACAAAUAAAGUUGACAAGGUAUUUCUGCGUGUAAAUAAAUUACAUUUAAAACUCUAUCAUGGUUCGUAUUUCUAUUAACACAUCCAUAUUUAGCAGUGAGGAAUAAUUAUGAACCUUUAGUUUGCAGGUGAGAUUGUCAAUGCAAUGUUAAAAUUAAGUGAGCUGGAAAGAGAUCCGUUGUCACCAACAUCACAGUCUGUAUCACUCCAUCAGGUAAUAACUUCUUUAGUGUAUUAUUUGCUUUUAUGUGUCUCUUUAUGACCCUUUAUACAUAGGGAUGGAAAGGGCAAAAUUACAGCAAAAUUUUUAGCCUAAAUUAAAGGCCGGGACAAGUUGCAGCAACAAGUUGGGGUGACAGAGCGCUUCGUGUGUACAGGUCUGGCAACUUGUUGCAGCAACAUGUUGCUGCAACAAAAUUCCGUUGCAGAGACAAAGAUUUUCACACAAUUCUCCAGUACACACGAAGAAAUUUGUCGCUGCAACAUGUCGUUGCGACAUGUUGAACAAUGUAUUUACAAGGCUUGAACAUAGUCAAAAUAUUUGAUGUGUCAACUGCCAGACCACUGUGCCUCCAUUGUUGACGAAAUUGGCAGGUUGAUCUUGAAAAUCUGUUGUUAUUUUGCUUUCUGUUUUAAUUUGUGAGUGUGGUUCUAUCUGCAUUUGGUGUGCAAGCAUUACUUGUAGGAAAAAUAGAUGCAGGAAGGAGAUGAUAACCUUCUUUUCGGUCGCUAAGUUUCUUGUUAGCUUGUUUCUGUGGUUAUGAAACUGACAGGACUAUUAUCUUGUAAGGGAAUGACACUUCCACCCCUGGGUGGUAGGGUGCUUCCAUUCGCUACGUGUUACCGGAACAGGCAUGAGCUUUUUGGGUCAACUCAAGGCUAAUUUCGUGAGUCACUUAGAUGUCACCGCCUUUCAUUCCAUGCUAGUUCAUUUUAUGUUGACAAUAUUUUAUUUUAUUGACAGAUUUCACAAAACUUGUCAAUCACCCCAAAAAUGGAGAAGACCCAGAUUACUCAGUACCUUUCCUUGCUUACAGAUGAGAAGGUAUUUUUCUGUAGUGUUCCAGCUUUUUCUUGAUUUCUUAGUGAACUACCUCCUCUGAACAAAGUAAUUGAAGAUAAAGCAGUAAUUAGCGUUGAUUAAUUUCAACUACAGAAAUUUGAACCUCGCCUUAACACAUGAAUUAACACCUAGCUUCAAUAGUGGAUGAAACUUUUUACAUAACACACUACUGCACACGUAAGGCUUAAGAGCACAUAAAAAGAAUCAGUAAUAGGGAGCUCAAGCAACGGCAACGACGGUGACGGCGACGGCGACGGCCACGAAGACGCGCUUAUUCCAUCUCGUCCAAUUCGUCAAAUAUUGGCAAUUUUUUCUGGAGCUGACUCCUAAAAGACUGUAUCGAAAUUCAGAGAAAAAAAGAGAAAGUCGGAGUCUUGUGUUCACGUCCUCCAUUAAACGUGAAAUUAGGCAUUUUCAUGUCGUAGUCGUGCAUUGACGGCAAAGAAAUGUACAAAAAAGCGUGAUGCACGUACAGAGCUGUUAUCUUUUAUUUGCAAAACGACAACUUUGCACGUGCAUCACGCUUUUUGUAGAUUUCUUUGCCGUUUUUGCACGACUACGACGUGAAAAUGCCUAAUUUCGCAUUUUAUGGAGAACGUAAACAAGCAACGGGAAAAUUUUAUUUAUCUUUCUGAUCAUGUAUAAGGUCCCUUGAUAUUCAACUUCAGGAGGGUCGCCUACAGUUUACCAAGUAAAUGGGAAGGAACAAUAUUGCGAUAUAGACUGAAAGAACGCAAAUUCUUCUUUUGGGCGACCUUCUCGUCGCCGUCGCGUCAUUGGAUAAUAAGGUCCCUAAUGUUGGAGAAGGUAGAAGAAUGGUAUGAGGAUUGCAAGGAAAAGGGUACUGUGUUAUUAUGAGGUAUAUCAUAUCAAAUCUACACUUAAAUGUCUUACUCAGUCAUGCAAUCAUUUGAUACUUGAAGUGCCAUAAAUCCUGCAGUCAUAUUUUAUUAUUAUUAUUUUUUUACCAGGAUAAUUUGGUUUCAAAAACUGGAGAGAGUGGAGGAGGCAUGUACUGCAUCAGUAUCCUUUUGUUAUAAACAGCAGCACAUCGAGGGCCAGUCGCAUACUCGGGGAGUGGGAGUAAUCCUAGGAACUGUACUUGGUGGGGGUGUGGCGCCCGGUUCUCCAAAUCCUGACCCGAUUUCAGACCAAAAAAUGUCAUAUUACAAUUUCAUAACGCACCAAUUUUAAGCCGUGGCCUCUAAAAUGCAUACACAUUUUAAAUCUAUUUAAGGUCUGGUGUAAAAAUCAUGAGUUUGACUGGGUGGAAUGGUAGACAUUCUUGCUUUGCCAAAAAGGCUUCCUGCUCUCUGAUAACCUGGAACAGAUUGUUUUUCUAGAAACAUUGUUGGUUCGUAGUAAAGAAUAGCAAUUAAAAAGCCUCCAAUUGCAAGAACUAUGCUAACAGACCUGAAGUAAUUUGUUCACACAAGGCAGUCAUAGUACUGAUUUUUGACACUUGUAUGCUCACAUAACACUUCCUUGGGAAUUCAGUUGCAGUAUUACUUUCUGCACUUAUGUCCAUAAAAGCAAGAAAACUUGGAACGUAGGUACUUCAUAUUAGACACAAUCAUUUCUAAUUUCCAUGUGACCUCAUGUAAAAAGAAGUGAUUCCUUUCGUUUAGGUGAGGAUUAGGGCUAGAGGACACUUUGUGUUGUCUGUCACAAGGAGAAUGAAUCUCAUUAACUUGCAAUCCUGGACGAGUCUUGGAAAUAUCGAAUAUUAUAUAUGUUUCCUUAACGAGUGCUAAAGAUAUGCAGAAGUGUGUUGAUACACUUUGUCAAAAUGUGGUGGAAUCCAUUGUUCAGGAAAGGUACGAGAAAUAGUGUUUGUCAUUUCAUUUUCUUUCUUGUAGUGUCAUUGAAAAGGGAAGAGAAACAUUAUUUUAGUUUUUGAGUAAUUAACCUGACAUUGGUCAUUAUCCUAAGCAGAUCCGGGUUAAUCAAAUGCAGAGACUUUGAAAAUGUCCUUUGUGUUGAUUAUAGAUUUGGAUCCAGAUGUUUUAGGAUCUUCAGACUGCUGUUACUUAAGAAGCACAUGGAACAGAAACAAGUAAGUUCUAAAAAUAGUGAAUUUGGAAAAGAUUUGAUUCAGAACAGUGGAAGGCCUACACUAAUGAUACAUAUAUCUUAAAAGCUCAUGAGACUAUAGAUCAGUCAAGAAGAUUUUUAUUUCUCAGCUGUAAAAUUUACAAAUGUCAGAGCAGACUGAUGUAAGUAAAUCUUCAUUUCCUAAACUUUCUCGGGAAGAUGCCUAAAGAAUAUCAAUCCCGCGUAACCAAGCAAGAAGAGCACUAACUCAGUCCUACCACUGGAUAAACAUUUUCUUGUGACCAGUAAAAAGGUUGAACACAUUCUUAUUAAAAGUUUUCUUAUUUCUUAUCUGUUUUCAACUCUAGUUAGGUGAGCUAGCAAUGAUUCCAUCUAAAGAUGCCAAAGAGCUGUUGUACAAGUUAUUUGCCGAGAGAUUCAUUUCGCUGCAGGUACCAUUUGAAAUUUUACCAGCAUUUAUGCGUUUUUUAAGCUUUGUUUUGAUUCAGUGUUGUUAACAAACAACUCCCAGUUGCAAGGGUGCUGUUGGGGGCUCUUCAGUGAAGUUUGACUACUUGGGGUAUCUUUUGUAUUGUGCUUUUUGAGGCAACUGAGUCCAUAAAUAGUAUCUCCAACAAUAUUGGAUCGCGCAUGUUCACCACAUUGAAGUAUCCGUGGGGAUUUUUCAUCUUCGUCGCAAAUUAAUUGCUCUGCCAGCGUAUUUCUUGCAUAGAGGACCUUGAGAUUGGACAACGAAAACAAUAAAAAGAUUGGGUUAUGGUGUGACCUUCAAGCUAAAUAUGUGUGCCUCGGAAAAUCACUGUCUGUGCUCUUUUGGCGAAAGAUUGAGAGUUCGCAAAACAUAACUGGCUAGAAGUUCUAUGGUUGUGCAUAGAUUCAAUUUCUGACUCUUAGUCUAAAAGAAAAGGUCGCUGUUUAUUAAUCUCCUUGAUUAGCGAAGCACCCGCGCUGAGCUAGUAAAGUUAUCGUCAUUACAUUUAUAUAGGUCGCUUUUGCUGCAGGUUGUGAGCAACUUGCCUGCCCUCGCGCGCCCUCAGAGCUCCCCUCCCAAAGAGAGCUUGCUCGCAGGCUACUGUUGUUGGGACUUGUCAGAACUGUGUGAACAGGAGCACCAACUACAUCUAACAACUGCCAACCAUAUUGUACCUUUUAAUUUUACACUUGCUUUUUGCCAACAGGAAAUUCCACGAGCCUCUGAUUAUGCUCCAUCCAGAACAUUUUAUUUGUUUUCUGUGGAUCUUCAACAGCUGAGCAGAAUGCUGAUUGAAAAGUCAUAUCAGGUAACAAGGAAGGGUUAGCCGGCAACAAUGAACAAAAGAACCAUGCCAAUUAAUGUAAAAGAUGAGGUAAUGAAACCAAGACCCUGUUGUACCAAGGAUCUUGUUGUUCAUGGAGAUUGUUCAGUUGGACAUGUCUCUCAGUAAAUAUUCUCCUUUGUAGGCGGCAACUGAUAAAACUUAUCGCUUUCAACAUCCGUUGUUAUAUUCUUGUUACACUCACACCUCAGAAUCACACACUAAGGCUUAGAAUGGUCAUCAGAUUCUAUUUGGAAAUUUUCGUGGUGCUUUGCAAGUCUCGUCUUUGUAACGUUUUUUCAGUCUUUUUAGUCUUCUGAUAAUAAAAGAUUUUGUAAAACGUUUAAGCACAAGAAGUAGUGGGAUAAAAACAUGACAUUUCGUCGACGAAAUGUAACCAUUAUCAAAUGGUUAAUGGGCUAAAAGCGAAGCUCUCGGUAAUAAUUAUAGUUUGCUCAAACAAAAUAUAAAAUUGUGUAAUGCUAAAGGUGAUGUUACACGUUACGAUUCGCGACGACGAUUUUUAACACAACACAGCGUUGCAGUGUUGGAACAAUGUUGUAACUAUUCCAAACAAUGUCGUAACAAUGUUGCAACGCUGUGUUGCGCUAAAAAUCGUUGUUGCAAAUCGUCUCGUGUAACAUCACUUUAAGCAGCGAAGGCAACGAGAACGGUGAAAAAACAACAAUCAGUCUAAUUAGCCAAAAACAACUUUGCACGUGCAGCACACUCUUUUUCAACAUUUCUUUGCCGUUGUUUUGCACGACUACAACGUGAAACUUCUAGAAACUUUCUAGUUACACGUUUUAUGGAGGAAAUGUCGUACGUGUUCUUGUUCACUUAUUUUUCAACUGCCGUUCAUUUUCACCUUGGUGGUUACUAGCAUUUCUCAUUUUCUCACCACCGCUAUAAUAUUUUCGUGUUGUUCUUCCAACAAGAAAUAUCUCCUGUAUUUUUAAUCUCUCGUUCUAGUUCUCUGUCGCUCUUUUUCUCGUUGAGCUUCGCUGGCCUGUCGCCUACUUUCUCUUUUUCUCUGUCUUUAUCUUUUUCUAUUUUCAAUUUCCGCUUUCCGUUUUCGUCUUUAUUGACUCUCUAGUUGUCUCUGCUUUACAAGACGCGGGUGGCUAUGCGAUUUCCUACCAAAAUAACGUCGAGUUGCAUUUAGGUUGCCAUACCUGUUUAUUGAUUUAUUUUACAUUGGCAUGCCUGUGGUGCGGACGGACGGGCGGACUUACAGUCACGUGAUUACCAAACUUUCUCGGAUGGGAAGAUUACCACAUUUUCUUAGGUAUGGGGCUACGCUCGCGCAUGGUCACUUUGUAUAACAAAUCUGAAAAUAGCUGAUUCUUUCUUUUAAAACAAUGGGAAUUAUUGUGGCAAUUAAAUCUCAUCCGUACUUGUCAACAUUUUGUCCUACUACAAAACUUCAUACACCAGGUGUUUUUCUCAAAACUGGAUUAAACAAAUCAUAUUCUUCAAACUUUGCGACAUUUAUCAUAAUACUACUUACAUUUUUCAGCAGUCAAUGAAUUACAUGAACGACAUAAAAUAAUGCUACAUAACGUAUGUUGGCUAAUACGUGACGGCUUAAGGUCAGAAUUUUAAUGGGUUUUCAUCGAAGGAAUGCCACUUGCGUUGCCAUUUAAUGUUAACAUUCUUUCGAGAAAUGGGGGUAUUUCAGAAGUCUGUCACCUUCUUGAUGAUAUCACCAUCAAAGCUUUAAAUGGGUCACUUACUACUUAUAAGUUAUUUGGUGUGACCUAUGGCAAUGGCAAUCAUUUUAAAUCAGCAAUGUGCCUGCCUUCACCCCGGGUUCCACGGGCCGGGUGAUACGAGUAUGAUGGCCUGUGGGAACAUCAUCAAAGAAGAUCAGGACUUCGGUGCUGUGGAAUCGCGAAAAAGCCCGCUACUCCCUUUGGCUAUUUCCUAUCGGUUGCCCUUUAUUUGCGACAGUAGCUGAUAAAAAUUUAAAAAGGCGAGUGGAGCGUAUAUCGACAAUACAAAGUGGCUAUAGCACUAUUAUUUUAGCACAAAGAAAGAGAACACUGAACAAAAAUAUGGAAAAAAACUGCUUGCAAGAAGAUGACGAUGGAAAAAAAUGUUUGCGGAGAUAUAUGUUUUUUAAAAAAAUCUUUGCAGAACAUAAUUUCUCCCCCCCCCCCGGCCCCCUCCAGAAAAAUAAUGGUCUGUCCCCAAGCGUACUCAGCUACAGCGUUACUACUUUUGCACAGUUACGAGUAAUCGUGCCUGUUGAUUAAAUUAAUGCUUCUUGAUUAGCUAACUGAUUGCGUGGACGCAGGGCUUAUGCUAAGAUUGAGCCUUCUUUCUGUUGGCAGGCGCUUGGAAAUCUGAUGAGUAGGCGCCAAACUGAAGUUCAAGAACAUAGGUAUCAUGUUUGAUUUAUUUGAAAAGAAACACUAUUUACGGGAGUAGAAAUUCAAUUGAUUCAACAGUAAGGGGGUUAACCAUUUCUUCGAUCUGUCCUUAUAAAGAUGUGAGCGUUACGAAAUAAAGAAGGAUUGAUUGAUUAUCAGGUUUUUUUUUUCGGUGAUUGAAGGCGUUUGGUGGAAAAAGAGGAAAGACUAGAAGCCACAAUAAAUUCUCUGAAGGCCCAACAUGGUGAAGAGACAUCAGCCGAGGCGAUAGCUGAACUACAGGAACUCAUUCUACCUGCUGAAAGGGAACAACUUAAAAAACUUAAACUUAACCUCGCCAAGUAAGUAUGUAAGGGGCAGCCGGUAUGAGGGAAACUCUUGUCGAUGAGCAAGUACCUUUUUUCUUCUUUGUACAUAAGGCUCUUUAAUACAACGUGGAAUGAAUUCUUGGAGCGAAAGCCACACGAUGAUUUAAAAAAAGUUUUUUUUUUUUGGCCAGUUUCACUCUUUUUCCUCACCUAUUAUGAAAACCGGAAUAUUUUUGUAAUCUUACGUUGCUUCAAAUACAUUUUUGGGUUUCUCCAAAUUUCGUGAUAUUCUUCCUUCAACGUUUUCGGAACAAAAUGUUUGAAUUUAAACACAGAUCUGACUCAGUAAACUGACGCUACAAUAGUUCACAAAAUAAGUUGACUGGAACCUAUUUUGUUCUCACUUUAGCAUGUGAAUUCUCGUCCCAAGUAAUUAGUCUUUUUAUCAUCACCUAGAACACCAAAUCAAAAUAAAAGCAAGCCAAAACAACAGAAUUUGAAACUAAACAUAAAGUAACCUCAGCCACUUGUUUUUUACCGUAAACAAUCUCUUAGACGCCCUCUCUCAAAUAAACGCCCCUUCUCUAAUACUUCCCCCUGCGCCUAUAAGUUUGUAUUAGACGACCUCUCUCAAGUAAACGCCCCUUCUCUAAUACUUCCCCCUGCGCUUAUGAGUUUGUGCUAGACGCCCUCUCUCAAGUAAACGCCCCUUCUCUAAUACUUCCCCAUGCGCUUGUAAGUUUGUAUUAGACGCCUUCUCUCAAAUAAACGCCCCUUCUCUAAUACUUCCCCCUGCACCUAUAAGUUUGUAUUAGACGCCCUCUCUCAAGUAAACGCCCCUUCUCUAAUACUCCCCCCCUGCGCCUAUAAGUUUGUAUUAGACGCCCUCUCUCAAGUAAACGCCCCUUCUCUAAUACUCCCCACCUGCGCUUAUAAGUUUGUAUUAGACGCCCUCUCUCAAGUAAACGCCCCUUCUCUAAUACUCCCCCCCUGCGCUUAUAAGUUUGUAUUAGACGCCCUCUCUCAAGUAAACGCCCCUUCUCUAAUACUCCCCCCCUGCGCUUAUAAGUUUGUAUUAGACGCCCUCUCUCAAGUAAACGCCCCUUCUCUAAUACUCCCCCCCUGCGCCUAUAAGUUUGUAUUAGACGCCCUCUCUCAAGUAAACGCCCCUUCUCUAAUACUCCCCCCCUGCGUUUAUAAGUUUGUAUUAGACGCCCUCUCUCAAAUAAACGCCCCUUCUCUAAUACUCCCCCCUGCGCUUAUAAGUUUGUAUUAGACGCCCUCUCUCAAAUAAACGCCCCUUCUCUAAUACUUCCCCAUGCGCUUAUGAGUUUGUGUUAGACUCCUCUCUCUAAUAAACGCCCCGUCCAAUAGACGCCCCUCUUGACAAAGACACCAAAAUAGUAGGAAGUAGCGAAAUAUAGCUAAAUCAUUGAAUCUAAUCAGAUUCUUGCUUGAUUAUCAAGAGUUUGCGUAUUGCAUUGUCAAAAGUUAGAACAUUUAUUACGUCACCAAAAUUGAGUCACUCCAGAUUAAAAAGGGGAAGAAAACCAAGUCUGAAUACCAGAACAGUGUUAUUAGUAGCAAUGAACAACAAGCGUGGAUCAACGUUGGACCAGGGGUACCAAACGACCGAUUGUUUCUAAAUACGUCAGAAAUGUGUUCUGAAGUCUGUUUGGUAAAUUUGAACUUGCCUUAUAAACUAUGUAUCUUUUCAGAUGCCUAAGGGGAACUGUGGUCGUCUCGAAAGUUUUGGGGGACUUUUUAGUCUUAUCCGAAACUGUCUGGUAGCCUGGUGGGUCCAGGCGAAAAUUCGAGCACGUGGAUUAGCCAUACUUUCAUUAAAGGAUUCUAGGGGGGGAUGCUUUGUCUUUGUACCUAAAUUUUAGGCUUGACCUUUUUUUAACAUUGAUUGCAAUAUCUUUGUAAUUAACACAACUUCCGAAAAUCGUAAGUAAUUUUAUACAAAAACUCCGAAAUCUUAAUGCGAGUGGAACGGUUUAGCCUUUCUCGAGCUUCUAGGCAAUAUUUGCUCCUUCGAAAGAAGUCAAUGGCUGCCCCUGUUUGGACGACGUUUGCUGUUAAUGUAUGAUUGACGUCAAUCGUAAAUUAUUCGACUCAAAAGGGAUGCAGUCACAUGAACAUCUGCUAAAAAGAGCACCCUUAGCGUUUGAAAGGCCAUUUUUUGAAUCUACUACAGUGGCAAACUUCAACUCAGUUGAUAAAACUGCAUUUUAGUGUUAACUCACCCACUGGCACAUUUGGCACCACCAUAGAUUCACUUUUUUCAUGUCCACAAAUAAUUUUUGGUUUGUUUUUUCUUUUUGUAUUCUUUCAGGUUGGAACAGAGUGAGUUACAAGUGGAUGAAACAAUUUUCAUUCUGUCUCAGUACAUUGCUUCACAUUAGAAGUCUAGUAUUAAAGAAUGUAGAAAAUCUACGGACACAAAGCAUCAUUUGUAGUUCCUUAUUGUUACUAUUUCGCGGCAAUGAAACUUCGCGAAUGACUACUAAUGGGUUUUCUUGAAAUGGGGCUGAAGCCAUAUUUCUGCAGUGAUAAUAAAAGCAUCAUCACAGAAAAUAACUCAGAACAUUUGGUGGACUCAAAUGCUGGAGACAAUAACUGUCAGUUUUUAAACAAUCUGUAUAACAUAGAAGAGAG